AUGGCUUCGCUACGCACACCACAGGCAGCUCGUCUGCUGCGGGCCAUCUCCCAGACCCCACAGCUCACCGCCCGACGCUUCGAGAGCACCCAGCAGUCCGCCUCCAUCGUCAAGGCCAGAGCGCCCGUCUCCGAGCCCGCCCCUCCGGCGCCGUCGCAGGGAGGCAGUAACAACCAGCCCGACUAUACCGCUCGCAUCGACAAUGCCACAUCCACCUUCACCCCCGCCCCCAAGCGUGUCCUCGACGGCUCCGAGGAGAGCGAGAUCCUCCCCGCGGCCAUCACGUCCGGCGCCCCGAUGGAGCUGCAGGCCCGCACCGUGCGCAUCUACAAGCAGGUCAAGCCCGCCACGCAGUCGGGCGACUGGCAGAGCAAGAAGUGGCGGAUGGACUGGGACGUGCUUCCCAAGGGCCACAGGUGGGAGAACCCGCUGAUGGGCUGGCAGUCCUCGGGCGACUACAUGCAAGGCACCCAUCUCAACUUCAAGAGCAAGGAGGACGCCGUGCACUUCGCCGAGAAGCAGGGCUACGAGUACUUUGUCCAGGAGCCCAACGAGAGGAAGUUCACGCCAAAGGCCUACGCCAACAAUUUCCUGUACUCGCCGGGCAAGCUGAAGCAUAUCAGGACGAAGUAA